AUGCUCACGAAGCUCCUCCGCCCUUUGCGCGGUUCCAACCUCGAGAUCUUCAAAUUCGGCCUCUACCUCUCGUUCCCCAUAGGCUGGAUGUACUAUUUUGGCACGAACCUCGACGAGCGUUUCUCCAUCCCAGACUUCUGGCCCACACAGGAACAGAGCCACAAGCUGCCAUACGACCGGCAUGAUUUGAAGAAGGAGGUGGAGAGGUUGCAGGGUCAGAUGCGGGAACGGAAGAGGGCUGAGGCGCUGCAGGCGGCACAGUCGAGAAACCUGUUGGAACAGCAGGGAGGUGAGGGGAGCUAG